AUGAAGUUCAACAGUAACUACAACAUCGAUGUAAAGCUGAAAGGACUGAGAGCCUCCCGAGGAGCGGCCUUCGACCUGCCCACCCUUCGCAGGAGGGCCGGCAUCGCCCCGCGGGCCCACCCGAGUCCCCAGGAGAAGGUGUCCCACGCAGGCUUACGGGCGCCUUCUGGAGUUGGGCGGCCCGGCUCGCGCGCGCGGCCCGGCGGCCCGGCGGCCCGGGGCGUGGGAAGGACGCCACGUCGCCGGCGCCUCUGGGGCGUCGGGUCGCCCCCCGGCCACACUCCGGCUGGCUCGGUGCGCGGUGAACGGGGAGGCUUUCCUGGUUUCCUCGUCCACCGGAGCGACGGCGCGCGGACGGGAGCCCCGCCGAAUCCAAGCUCCGUCCGGGACUCCCGUGUCGGGAGGCCGCUCCGCGGGGCGCCUUCCUCGCGGGGCGCCGCCCGGCGGAGGCGCCCCGGCUCCCCGCCCCCGACGCGGCGCUGCCGGGCUCCCCCUAGCGGCCGCCGCGCGGCGCUGCCCCGUCCCAGGCUCGUCGGCGCCGCAGCUCACGUGACCGCGCUCCGGGCCUGCGGCCACUGUCGGUUCCCCCAGUCACCGAGCAAGAGGGAAGAAACAAGAUGGCGGCUGAAGGCGAUCCGGAGUGGGGCCCCAGCAAUUCGGAUUGAGCCGGCUCCCUCCACCCGCUUCCGCCGGCCGGGUAGGCGAAAACCAAGAGUUCAUCGACCUCGGUCUCCAAUCUUGGAAGAAAAAGACAUCCCGCCCCUCGACUUCCCCAAGUCCUCCGAGGAUUUAAUGGUGCCUAAUGAGCAGAUCAUGAAUGUCAUUGCCAUUUACGAGGUCCUGCGGAACUUUGGCACUGUGUUAAGAUUGUCCCCGUUUCGCUUUGAGGACUUCUGCGCUGCGCUGGUGAGUCAGGAGCAGUGCGCGCUCAUGGCGGAGAUGCACGUCGUGCUCCUGAAGGCCGUUUUGCGGGAGGAAGACACUUCUAAUACUACCUUUGGCCCUGCUGACCUGAAGGACAGCGUUAACUCCACCCUGUAUUUCAUUGACGGCAUGACGUGGCCCGAGGUGCUGCGGGUGUACUGCGAGAGUGACAAGGAGUACCACCACGUGCUUCCUUACCAGGAAGCGGAGGACUACCCCUACGGGCCCGUGGAGAACAAAAUCAAGGUUCUGCAGUUCUUGGUCGAUCAGUUUCUCACCACCAAUAUCGCGCGGGAGGAAUUGAUGUCCGAAGGGGUGAUCCAGUACGACGACCAUUGUCGGGUGUGUCACAAACUUGGGGAUUUGCUUUGCUGCGAGACGUGCUCAGCCGUGUACCACUUGGAAUGUGUGAAGCCACCUCUCGAGGAGGUGCCCGAGGACGAGUGGCAGUGCGAGGUCUGCGUAGCGCAUAAGGUGCCUGGAGUGACUGACUGUGUGGCUGAAAUCCAAAAAAACAAACCCUACAUUCGACACGAACCUAUUGGCUACGACCGAAGCCGGAGGAAAUACUGGUUCUUAAACCGAAGACUCAUCAUAGAAGAAGACACAGAAAAUGAGGAUGAAAAGAAGAUCUGGUACUACAGCACAAAGGUCCAGCUUGCAGAGUUAAUGGACUGUCUAGACAGAGAUUACUGGGAAGCAGAACUUUGCAAAAUUCUAGAAGAGAUGCGGGAAGAAAUCCACCGGCACAUGGACAUAACCGAAGACCUGACCAACAAAGCCCGGGGCAGCAACAAAUCCUUUCUGGCCGCGGCGAAUGAUGAAAUUUUGGAAUCCAUAAGAGUUAAAAAAGGAGAAAUUGAUACUGCUCGAAGCCCCGAAGAAAUGGAAAAGGACAAGACUGAGGCUGAGAAUACCGACCCCAAAGAUUCCGAGGAAAGCCGAGAGGAAUUUGAAGACCAGGCCCUGGAAAAAGACGAUGACCGAACACCAGAUGAUGAGACUGAACAAGGAAAAUCUGAGGAGCCAACAGAAGUUGGGGAUAAAGGUAACUCUGUGGCAGCAAAUCUUGGCGACGACACCACAAAUGUUGCUUCAGAAGAGACUAGUCCCUGUGAAGGCAGGCGCCCCGAGGGGUGUCUCUCAGAGACCCAUGAUAGCAGCACCAUGGCAGAGAAGAAAGUGGCAUCUGAGCUCCCCCAGGAUGUGCCAGAAGAACCUAACAAGACCAGUGACAGUAGUAACACUGUUGCUACCACUGCCUCCAUCCAGCCUAACCUGGAGCACAGUAACAGCAGCAGUGAGCUCAGUGCUGCCCCGAGCGACUCUGCUAAGGCAGCUGAUGAGCCUGAAACCGGAGAAAGAGAGUCUCACACACCUGUCUCUCUCCCAGAAGAGAUAGGUGAUUGCAAAUCUGAGAAGUCAAAUGGCGAGAGAAGUGAGUCCCCUGGAGCUGGUAGCGGUGGAUCCGGCUCAACUCGAAUUAUCACCAGGUUACGGAAUCCAGACAGCAAACUGAGCCAACUGAAAAGUCAGCAAGUGGCAGCUGCAGCUCACGAAGCAAAUAAGUUAUUUAAGGAAGGCAAAGAGGUUCUGGUAGUUAACUCUCAAGGAGAAGUCUCCCGGUUGAGCACCAAGAAGGAUGUGGUCAUGAAAGGAAGUAUCCACAACUAUUUCAAAUUAGGUCAAGAAGGGAAAUACCGCGUCUACCACAAUCAGUAUUCCACCAACUCGUUUGCUUUGAACAAGCACCAGCACAGAGAAGAUCACGAUAAGAGAAGGCACCUGGCACACAAGUUCUGCCUGACUCCCGCUGGAGAGUUCAAGUGGAACGGCUCUGUCCAUGGGUCCAAAGUUCUUACCAUAUCCACCCUGAGACUGACCAUCACCCAGCUAGAAAACAACAUCCCCUCGUCCUUUCUGCACCCUAAUUGGGCUUCACACAGGGCAAAUUGGAUAAAGGCGGUUCAGAUGUGCAGCAAACCGAGAGAAUUUGCAUUAGCGCUUGCAAUUUUGGAGUGUGCCGUCAAACCAGUUGUGAUGCUGCCGAUAUGGCGGGAAUCGUUAGGCCACACCAGGUUACACAGGAUGACAUCCAUCGAAAGAGAAGAAAAAGAGAAAGUGAAAAAAAAGGAGAAAAAACAAGAAGAGGAAGAAACCAUGCAACAAGCUACGUGGGUAAAAUACACAUUUCCUGUCAAGCACCAGGUUUGGAAACAAAAAGGGGAGGAAUACAGAGUAACAGGAUAUGGCGGCUGGAGCUGGAUUAGUAAAACACACGUGUAUAGAUUUCUUCCUAAAUUGCCAGGCAACACUAAUGUGAAUUACAGAAAGUUGUUAGAAGAAACCAAAAACAACAUGGAUGAAAAUAUGGAUGAAUUGGAUAAGAGAAAAAAUCCAAAAAGCCCCCCCAAAAUAAAAGCAGAACUUGAUUCCGAGAAAGAAGAGGGAAAAGAGUCAGACGCUGCACACGGAGACCAAAGUGAAAUGGACAUCUCAAAGACCACGGAGAAGGACCCCGACAUCAAAGAAAUGUUCAGUUCUGACAACGAUAAGUCCUUCAAGGAGGAGCCAAUGGACAUAGAUGAUGACGUGAAAGCGGAAUCACCCACGCCCUGCCAGGACCUUUCUCAAGUCGACGUUGUCAACGUCAGUGAGGGCUUUCACCUGAGGACUAGUUAUAAAAAGAAAAUCAAAUCGUCCAAACUAGAUGGGCUUCUUGAAAGAAGGAUCAAACAGUUUACACUGGAAGAGAAACAGCGCCUAGAGAGAAUGAAAUUGGAGGGGGGCAUGAAGGGGGUUGGGAGGACUGGUACGGGUUCUCUGAAAAGCCUGUCUGAGUCGCCAGUGAAAACAAAAGCGAAAGAAGGGUGCGACUUGCUGAGGCAAGAACAGAGCCCCAGGACCAGUCCGGAUAAAGCUGAAGAGUUGACUCGUGGGUGCUCACAGAGGGAUUCCUCCAUGCUUGGAAUCCGUGAUUUGAACCAUGCGGCAGAUAAGCUUUACCCAAAAGACCAAGGGCUGGAUGAUGUCUCCAUUCAGAGCCCCAAAGCCAACUGUCAGAAACAGAAUUCUCUUGGGAAUGAUACAGAUGAGAGUCUCUCUGGCCCCUCCAGUGAUGGCCAGGAGCGCAGUGGUGUGAAAACAAAGAGAAGAGACUUCCCCGCGGAUGAUUCAAAACUAGCCAGUGCAAAUGAAAUUGGCACCUUGAUCUAUAAGAGCAAGAAAUCACUCCUGAAGGAGGCGGCUGACACCGUCGUUUGUCCUCCGGAGAGCUCUUUACUUCCAUCGGUACCCAGAAGUAUCAGUGACAGAGAUGCCCCAUCGCUGUCGAAAGCCGUCGACUUCGAAGGAAAGCUGGGGCGUGACUCGGAGGAUAAUAGCACUUUGGAGAACAGUUCGGACACUAUGUCUGUUCACGACAGCAGUGAAGAAGACAUGGUUGUUCAGAAUAGCAGCGAAAGCAUUUCUGAGCAGUUCAUCUCUCAAGAACAAGAGGUUGGCUCACAGUCAUUAAAACGUGCUCGUGAUUCAGAUAAAUCUUCCAGAAACUGUGAUGACAGGCUGCAGGCCACGGUGGCUGAAGCAAAUGGUAAAAAAACAAGUCACGCACCCAAGUUAGACGAGAGACCAGUUGCCAAAUGCACCGACCAAGUAAACCUGAAGAAAAAUGACAGCCGAGCGUCUGAGAAGAAAGGACAGCGAGCAAGCGCAUUUCAAAUCAAUGGCAAAGACAACACGCCUAAGGGUUAUGCGAAAGGAGAAUGUUUGAAAGAAAUCCCUGAGGGUAAAGUGGCAAGCGGUGAUGUUGAGCCAAAGGUUAAUAAUAUAAGUAAAGCCAUUCCUGAAAAUGAUAGCAAGUCGUUGACAGGUAAGGAUUCUGCGGCGAAGCCAUUCAUGAAUGGGGAUGUCAUCAUGGAAGAUUUUAAUGAAAAAAACAACCUGGGAACAAGAUCACGCUUACCGAGUGCUUCGGAUGCUGAAGGCAACUUCCGAGAAAGCCUUGGGGCCCUGCCAUCCACCAGAGAAGAGCCACAAACUGCCAGCCCGCCACCCCUUCACCCAGAGAGACGCUCACUCAGUGAGGUAGAAGAUAUGGAAAUGGAACCUUCCGAAGGUAAGAAGGUCACUCCGUCACCGGUGACUUCCGGAGAGGACCCUAACCUCAGCAGUGACUUCACUGAUGAAAACGGCCUGCCUGGCAACAAAGCUGGAAACGUCAAUGGAGACGCCAAAAGAAAAACCGUCAUCACAGAGGUCACCACUAGGACCUCAACGGUGGCCACCGAGUCCAAGACGGUGAUUAAGGUCGCCAAAGGCGAUAAGCAGACGGUGGUCUCUUCCACAGAAAAUUGUGCCAAGUCUACUGUCACCACCACCACCACCACGGUGACCAAGCUCUCCACGCCGUCCACCGACAGCUGCGUGGACAUCAUCUCCGUAAAGGAGCAGAGCAAGACCGUGGUGACCACAACCAUGACGGACGCCCUGACCACGGCGGGAGGCACUCUGGUAACAUCCAUGACUGUGAGCAAAGAGUAUUCCACAAGAGACAAAGUGAAGCUGAUGAAAUUUUCCAGACCCAAGAAGACACGCUCAGGUACAGCUCUGCCGUCCUAUAGAAAGUUCGUUACUAAGAGCAGCAAGAAGAGCAUCUUUGUCUUACCGAAUGAUGACUUACAAAAGUUGGCCCGAAAAGGAGGAAUCCGAGAAGUCCCUUACUUUAAUUACAACGCAAAGCCUGCCUUGGAUAUAUGGCCAUAUCCUUCUCCCAGACCAACCUUCGGUAUCACGUGGAGGUACAGGCUCCAGACCGUGAAGUCCUUGGCGGGAGUGAGCCUCAUGCUCCGGUUACUGUGGGCAAGUCUGAGAUGGGAUGACAUGGCGGCCAAGGCUCCUCCUGGGGGCGGGACCACACGGACAGAAACAUCUGAAACGGAAAUCACAACAACAGAAAUAAUUAAGAGACGAGAUGUUGGCCCUUACGGCAUUCGAUCUGAAUAUUGCAUCAGGAAGAUCAUCUGUCCCAUCGGCGUUCCAGAAGCGCCCAAAGAAACACCUACCCCUCAGAGGAAAGGCCUUCGAUCGAGUGCACUGCGACCAAAGAGACCGGAAACGCCCAAGCAGACUGGCCCUGUUAUCACUGAAACGUGGGUAGCAGAAGAAGAGUUGGAAUUAUGGGAGAUCAGGGCAUUUGCUGAGAGAGUGGAGAAAGAAAAGGCCCAGGCAGUUGAGCAACAGGCUAAGGUUAGUGAACAGAAGAAAGCAGAGGACUCCCAGGCCCCAGUGGAGGUGCAGCUAAAACAGCAGCUAGUGGCUGCCCAGCAGAGACGCCUGGAGCAGCAGAAACCGAUGGUCAUUGCCACUUCCGCCACUGCCCCGUCUAACAGUACAGCCAGCAUCAUCUCGCCAGCCCCAAAAGUGAUGGUGGCCCCGCUAAGUGGCGCUGUGACCCCUGGAGCUAAAAUGGUUCUGACUACUAAAGUCGGCUCUCCAGCGACCGUAACAUUCCAGCAAAGCAAGAACUUCCACCAGACCUUUGCUACGUGGGUUAAGCAAGGCCAGUCAAAUUCAGGUGUCGUUCAAGUCCAGCAGAAAGUCCUGGGGAUCAUUCCAUCCAGUACAGGUGCAAGCCAGCAAACCUUCACUUCAUUCCAACCCAGAGCAGCCACCGUCACCGUUCGACCCAACACCUCGGCCUCCGGGGGAACCCCCGGCACGUCCCAAGUCAUCACAGGGCCCCAGAUCCGCCCUGGCAUGACAGUGAUCAGAACCCCACUCCAACAGUCAACCCUGGGAAAGGCGAUUAUUCGGACACCUGUGAUGGUGCAGCCAGGCACGCCUCAACAAGUGGUGACUCAGAUUAUCAGAGGGCAGCCCGUGUCUACCGCCGUCUCCUCCCAAAAUGCUGUUUCCACAACCCCUGGGCAGAAAGGACUAACUCCUGGCACACCCACUGCAAACCUACCGCCCCCUGCCGCACAGCCCCCUCGCCCCCAGCAAGGACAAGUGAAGCUCACCAUGGCUCAGCUCACCCAGUUAACACAGGGCCACGGUGGCAAUCAAGGCUUGACAGUAGUCAUUCAAGGGCAAGGGCAGACCACUGGUCAGUUGCAGCUGAUCCCUUCUGGGGUGGCAGUGCUUCCAGGCCCAGGCCAGCAGCUCAUGCAGGCCGCGAUGCCAAAUGGUACUGUCCAGCGGUUCCUCUUCACCCCUUUGACCACAGCAGCCACCACCGCCAGCACCACAACCACCGUCUCCACUGCCACCGCAGGCACGAGUGAGCAGAGACAGAGUAAAUUAUCACCCCAGACACAGGUGCCACCGGCUAAAGCCCUGCCACCGGCUCAGCCCUCCAGUGGGAGUCUUCCGGAGGCCCUGCCACAGGCUGCGCAGGCUGCAGCCCAGCCCUUGCCCCCAGCCCAGCCCUUGUCCCCAACUCAGCCUGAAGUUCAGACUCAGCCUGAAGUUCAGACCCAAGCGACGGUUGCGUCCCACGUUCCAUCGGAAGCACAAUCCAUCCAGACACAGUCGUCCAAACCCCAAGUGGCAGUACAGUGUCAGCCUCAGAGUCCUGUCCCGGGGCAGUCUCCUGUUGGCGUCCAAAGUCCACCACAGACUCGAAUACGUCCGUCAACUCCAUCCCAAGUGUCUCCGGGACCGCAAUCCCAGUCGGUUCCACUUCACCCACACACUUCUCUUCAGCCGCCUUCCCAAGGCCCGCCCCAGGCUCAGCCCCAGGUACAGUCUCCAACUCAAACUCUUUCAUCAGGACCCACGUUCACUCAAGUUACCGUUCCGUCCCCGUCCCAUCCACAGCUUCUGCUACAGCAGCCACCGCCCCAAGUCCAGCAACAAGUCCCGGUCCUCUCCCAGAUCCCGCCACAGGUCGUGGCCCAGAUACAGGCCCAGCAAGGUGGUGUGCCCCAGCAAAUCAAACUCCAGUUACCUAUCCAAAUUCCGCAAAGCAGGCCUGUGCAGACUCACCAGAUUGAGAGUGUGGUUACAGUGCAGGCAGCCAGUGUGCAAGAGCAGUUGCAGAGGGUGCAGCAACUCAGGGAGCAGCAGCAGCAGAAGAAACAGCAACAGAUAGAGAUUAAGCGGGAACACACCCUCCACGCUGCUAAUCAAAGUGAAAUCAUUCAGAAACAGGUGGUGAUGAAACAUAAUGCUGUAAUAGAACAUUUAAAACAGAAAAAGACCCUGACUCCAGCUGAGCGGGAAGAGAAUCAAAGAAUGAUUGUGUGUAACCAGGUGAUGAAGUAUAUUUUGGAUAAGAUAGAUAAAGAAGAAAAGCAGGCGGCCAAAAAACGGAAGCGGGAAGAGAGUGUGGAGCAGAAACGGAGCAAGCAGAAUGCUACGAAGCUCUCGGCUCUGCUCUUCAAACACAAAGAGCAGCUGAAAGCGGAGAUUCUGAAAAAGAGGGCGCUCCUCGACAAAGACCUCCAAAUCGAAGUGCAGGAAGAGCUAAGGAAAGACCUCAAACUUAAGAAAGAAAAGGACCUGGCCCAGGCCACCGCCAUGGCCACCACGCCCCCCGUGGCCACAGCCCUGCCCGCCCCGCCGCCGCCGCCCCCGGCCUCGUCUCCGCCCACCCCGCAGCCCCCUGGCCUGCUGUCCUCGCCCGCGCUGCCCGCCGCUUCCCAGAAGCGGAAGCGGGAAGAGGACAAGGACGCCAGCGCCAAGUCCAAGAAAAAGAAAAUGAUCUCUACUACCUCAAAGGACACCAAGAAGGACACAAAGCUUUACUGUAUCUGUAAAACGCCUUACGAUGAAUCUAAGUUCUAUAUUGGCUGUGAUCUUUGUGCUAACUGGUAUCAUGGAGAAUGUGUUGGCAUCACAGAAAAGGAGGCUAAGAAAAUGGAUGUGUACAUCUGUAAUGAUUGUAAACGGGCACAAGAGGGCAGCAGUGAGGAAUUGUACUGUAUCUGCAGAACACCUUAUGAUGAGUCACAAUUUUAUAUUGGCUGUGACCGGUGUCAGAAUUGGUACCAUGGGCGCUGUGUUGGCAUCUUGCAAAGUGAGGCCGAGCUCAUUGAUGAGUAUGUCUGUCCACAGUGCCAGUCGACAGAGGACGCCAUGACAGUGCUCACUCCGCUGACAGAGAAAGACUACGAGGGGCUGAAGAGGGUGCUGCGCUCCUUACAGGCCCACAAGAUGGCCUGGCCUUUCCUUGAACCAGUAGACCCUAAUGAUGCUCCCGAUUAUUACGGUGUUAUUAAGGAGCCUAUGGACCUUGCCACCAUGGAAGAAAGAGUACAAAGACGGUAUUACGAAAGGCUGACGGAGUUUGUGGCAGACAUGACCAAAAUUUUUGAUAACUGCCGCUACUACAAUCCAAAUGACUCCCCCUUUUACCAGUGCGCAGAAGUUCUUGAAUCAUUCUUUGUACAGAAACUAAAAGGAUUCAAGGCUAGCAGGUCGCAUAACAACAAACUGCAGUCUACAGCUUCUUAAAGCGCAGUGUGUUGAUCUAACAUAAAACACGGCAAGGAUCUGGUUGUCUGAACUAUUUUAAAUUAAGGAGCCAGAUGUUUUUAGUCAGGUUAUCCUGACAAAACUUGACCUACACUUCGUUUUUAUUGGUCAUAACAGUCCAAUUAUAUUCUUGGCCAAUUUUGUCCAACGGACAAAGGAAUUGCAAAAUCAACGACACCAUUAUCUUGUCAAGAUCAAAUGGUUGUACUCUUGUGGCAGAAGCGGGAAACCUUUGUUGAAAGGCGAGAGAGAGGAGAGAGAGAGAAAGCAAGAAAAAAGAAUAUGGGGUCAAGUGCAACUCCAUGGAAAUGCCACGUCUGCUCUUCAGUGAAGAAGCUGGUUUAGAGUCUCACAGAAAACUUUUGACUGUAUUUAUUUAUUGUUGCAAAAAAGACGCUUUUUUAUUGCUGCCCUCAUUUGUCAGCUAAUUAUUUUUUCUUAUACGAUCCAGCCCCCAUCACAUGUAAUCCAUCCUGUAUCUUAUCAUGAUUCCUGUAGAUCAGAGUACGAGACAACCUCUAGACGUCUUCUCUUUCUGUGAAAGGAGCUGCUAUGUACACAUGUGCACACAACGACUGGGAAUCAACAAUGCGUCUCUUGUUCGUGGUAGGUCAGAACGAAGCUGGUGGAAAGGCGGGGCCAAGGGUCCCCGACUACAGACUGUUGUUGCCUUGCAUAGAACAUGGCAAUUUGUCAUUUACUCUGCACCAGGCGAAACUGAGUAAAAUCUAUUUGAAGGUAUCUUGUUUGUAAACAUUUGUCAGAUUCUAAUUUUUUUUCCUUUUGUAUUAAAAUUCAACUAUGGAUGUAUAUGAAACGAAAUAAAAGGAGAUCAUUUUUCUCCCACA